ACUUUAAUACAGUAACAACUGGCUUAAAAUGUUUGUAAAGUCUAUAAAUUCUAAUCGAUUACAUAGUAACUGAAUAAUUGUUUGUAAAGUUUUUUGUUUUAUAUAUUUUGUAUUAAAAUCAUAAGUCUUUAAUUUAAAAUAAUCCAUUAAAAUACUCAUUAAGACAGAAACGUUUUAGUGAUUUGCACUUAAAAACUCAAAAAUGAAUGAUCAAACUGGUUGUCCAGGUAAAAUACAGUACUCGUGUGACGUCUCAGAUAAAUUCUUUAUUUAUAGUCUGACCACACAUAAGCGGAUACGCACAGAGAAGAAACCCUACCCGUGUGAUGCGUGCGAUAAAUCGUCCAAUCAAAAAGAGCAUUUGGCAGUUCAUCAAUGCACGCACACUGAUGAGAAACCGUACGAGUGUGACGUAUGCGAAAAGUCGUUCAAUGAAAAAGGCCGUUUGACGAUUCGACGAAAGCUCAGUGGCGAUAAACCUUACGAGUGCGAUGUAUGCGACAAAUCGUUUGCUCAAAGCGGCACAUUGACGGUCCAUCGACGCACACACACCGGUGAGAAACCGUACGCGUGCGAUAUGUGCGACAAGUCGUUUUCUCACUGUGGUGAUUUGACUAAGCACCGACGGAUGCAUACAGGCCAGAAACCGUACGCGUGCGAUGUAUGCGACAUGUCGUUCCGCCAGAGUAGCAAUUUGACGGUUCAUCGACGGACCCACACGGGUGAAAAACCGUACGCAUGCGAUGUAUGCGACAUGUCGUUCGGCCACAGGGCAGAUUUGACGAAACACCAUCGGACACACACGGGCGAGAAACCGUAUGCGUGCGACGUGUGUGACAUGUCGUUUGGUCAAAGUUGGAAUUUGAAGAUUCAUCGACGGGCGCACACUGGUGAGAAACUGUUCGAGUGCAAUGUAUGCAAAAAGUCUUUCAGCCGAAGUGGUAAUUUGAAAGUACAUAUGCGGACGCACAGUCAUUGGAAUUUAGAUCUUUGAUAGCCGAUAGUCUAGAUUAAAAUAGAAUAAAUCAUUUUUUUUUAUGAUUGUAGCACUAUUGAAGUGUUUUUGUUGUCACGUAAUUGUUUCUAAAUUCUAAAUCGCUAAUUUUUCACGUGUAAAUAAAUAC